UGUGUGAGAGAUUAUAGCUGUGUGAAUACUGUCGUGUGAGGUGGCCACUACACUGACUGCUGCGCUCUCGAAGGGUGGGUGCUCCUUUGUACACAAACGAGAUCCGGGAGCUGCCUGUUCUAUUCCGCAAACGCUCAGAGGAAAACGGUGAGGCAGAAAGCCGUGGGCGGAAAGAGAAUUCAGGUUGUUGAAGACCCUAGGGAACUUUCACUCUUCAAUUGAAAGGAAAUAACAUUGAAGGUUAAAGUCAAAGAAUUUCCUUUUCCAUAGAUUAGAUGGCGUCAGUGAAUGACUCUCGCCUUCAGCAGCAGCCUGCCCAGAAGGAUGCGGCUGACCAGAACUUUGACUACAUGUUCAAGCUGCUGAUCAUUGGCAACAGCAGUGUGGGGAAGACCAGCUUCCUGUUCCGCUAUGCUGAUGACUCCUUCACCCCAGCCUUUGUCUCCACCGUGGGCAUAGACUUCAAGGUCAAGACCGUCUUCCGCAAUGAGAAAAGGAUAAAGCUACAGAUAUGGGACACAGCGGGACAGGAGCGCUACCGUACCAUCACCACAGCCUACUACAGAGGAGCCAUGGGCUUCCUGCUCAUGUAUGACAUCACCAACCAGGACUCCUUCAACGCAGUUCAGGACUGGGCAACUCAGAUUAAGACAUACUCUUGGGACAACGCACAGGUGAUCCUGGUGGGAAACAAGUGUGAACUGGAGGAUGACAGGCUAGUCCCCACAGAGGAAGGCCAGAGACUGGCCGAAGAUCUUGGGUUCCAGUUCUUCGAGGCCAGCGCCAAGGACAACAUCAACGUGAAGCAGGUGUUUGAGCGGCUGGUAGACGUCAUCUGUGAGAAGAUGAACGAGAGCAUGGGCGGAGAUGCCAACCUGUUGUCCAAUCACAGGAGCACCAGUCUACAGGACUCGCCUCCAGAGAACCAUGGGGGCUGUGGCUGCUAAAUCCCGCCUCACUUCUCCUCACAGCCCCACAACAAACCCUGGCACUGUGCCUGAAGUAUAGAGAGUACACCUCAAACUACACCCCAAUCUCACACCCCCUAACACAGCCACUACAGUGAAAACCAUAAAGCAGCCAGCUGAGAACCAUUGGUCCCCUCCCCUCGGUCCAUCCAGCGUUAUCCCACAUAUCCCCUGCUCUAGUUUCUGUAUUCCCUGAAAAGGCCCCAUCUCUCUUGUGUACUGUGGCCUUCACCCCAUGUCAUUAUUUUAGGUCAUUGUGUUCAGAGUUUAAUGAAUUAAAAUAUAAUAGUUCAAGACUCAAACAGAGCAGAAGGUGCUUUUGUUUUGGAUGCCCCCUGGCUAGGUGCUCUGCUUCGAAUGUAUUCAUUGGACUAAACUUCUCAGAAUUCAAAACCGGACAGAAAACAGCACCCCAAAACCUGAAAAAAAAAAUCCACAUUUUUGCUGUCAUAUCCUUGAUCAAAAUCUAGAUGUAACUGUAAUUAAUGAAAUCAGAUGACAUCAUCCAGACAAUCACAAAACUGAGUUAUUCUGCUGCUUUGGCCUUUUGCUUCCUUAUUUCCCUGACCUCCAUGCUUUACUCUGUGACACUGAAGAUGCAAUUUUGCCUUGUCCUCAGAAUAAUUGUGCAAUAAUUUUGAGACUUUCUUAAUUAACCACUACUGCUUAUGGGAAAGAGAAGGUGAAAAGUAUGAGAUUCUGCUCCAAACAAUGUUAGAGCAAUGUUGUGCUCUAGGAUGUUUGUCUGGGAGGAAGUCGUAUAACACUAGUGACACUGACACGCGUCAUGUGAUCUGCUCUGGCAUGUCCCCGCUCACCCCUCUGUGCUCCCUUCCUACUCAUUGUUCUUAUACUUUCCAACCCGAUUGCACAAGGCUUCAACAGUGUCCUGUAAUUGUAAUCUGGAUGUGCCAGUUUAAACUGCCUGCAUUACUUGCAUGAUGUUACUGUACUGUUCUUACAUCUAAGUUACUGUCUAUGAAGUAGCCUAAUUAAAGCGUGGUGAUUGGCCAAGCAUGACACCCAUGUUAAUUCAUUUUCCAAAUCAUAUGCUUAAACAGAAAGACAAAUGGUGCACCUAAAGCAUGUACAGUGCAUUCCAUUGCACUGCUUGGAUGGCUUCAGUAGAAAAAAUAUGCAUCUCUCCAACUGGACUGGAGAGACAUGCAUCUAUCUCCCUGUUCUCCGGCCCACUGUUACUCACAGACACUGCCAUUUCCCUAUCACUAGCCCCACACUGUUCAUUUGUCCUCUGUUACUCACAGACACUGCCAUUUCCCUAUCACUAGCCCCACACUGUUCAUUGGUCCUCUGUUACUCACAGACACUGCCAUUUCCCUAUCACUAGCCCCACACUGUUCAUUGGUCCUCUGUUACUCACAGACACUGCCAUUUCCCUAUCACUAGCCCCACACUGUUCACUGGCCAUCAGUUAGGGACAGGCACGGUCUUGGCGUGAUAGCAGCCUUAUGUUUUCACGCCAAAGCACUGCUAAAGCUGAGGGGUUGGGUCAAAGCACGCCAAAAGUAUUCAUGAGCGCCUACUCUCUCCCAUUGCUUAUCACAAAGACACUUAUCCACCUGGAUGCACAGCUGAUGCUGACUCGCUGUUUGAUAUUAGCGGGCUGAUUUGUAUCAAGUGAUUUCCCCUGUUCAUCUCCUACCACGAGCAAGUGGUCUCGUUGUGGUGUGAAACAUUUUACUGCAGACUUAACUGUUAACCUUUUAUAGCUGUGUAAAAGUAAAAACACUAUACCCCACAUUACAUCUGCAUUAUGCCCAAGUUGUAAAGCUUUCUCCUGGGUGGUGUUUGUCAGUGUAUUUAAAUAGUGUUUUUCUUUCUGCUGCUGAAGGUAACUGGAUUGAAAGUGGUGAGGUUUUACUGAAAGUCCUGAGGAGGACUUCUUUAAAUCACAUGCUGAUGCACUGAUACCCAGUUUAUCUAAAUACUUCAAUGUCAGUUGAUUCAAAAAGCAUGUUUUUUUGGAUAAUUAUGUUCAUCUGAAGUUGUGAGUCAUUUUAUCCUUUUAUUUUUUUUCUGUGGAAUUGGUUAGUUUUGUGUAGUCUGGCAUUCCAUAGGUUAUAUAGGAGGUUUGUUAUACUAUUAAGGGGGAACUAUACUGUUGUGUCAAUGUAUAUUUGUUUUGUUCCUAUUUAAGGCUCUUUGUUUGAUGGAAAAUCUUAUUAGAAAAGGCAUAUACAUUGCAUGUGUUUAUGAAAAUAAAGACUUCAUUACAAAAUAUAAA